GGUGAGUGGGGCGCGCUUGCUCAGCUGCACUGGCCAAACAACCGGCAGCAUGGACGCACCGCGCCCGAUGCGGAUUCUGUGCCUUCUCGCGCUGUUCCACGUAGCUAGCUCGGCGCUGGCGCAUGAUGUGCCCAAACACGUGGACGACCAAAAGCUUGAGGUGUACGACGGUGUUUAUGUGACCAUACCAAAGGAUAAUGAUUCCGGACGGUUGUUUUCCGUCGAAUUGGAUACUGACAGGAGCGUGGUUGAAGGUCGUGGCAAGAAGAAAAAUAUAAUGCAGAGAAUCCUACCGAUGUUUAUUUUGCCUUUCGUCCUACAAUCGGCGAUUAUGCCCCUUGUAAUGGGCAUGCUAAAGUUCAUGCUGGUGAAGUCAUUCCUGGUUGGAAAGUUGGCGCUAACGCUCAUAAUGAUCAACGCCUUCAAGAAUCACAAUUCCUUCAAGGGAAGAGACGCUGAAAUGGCCAGUGCACAUUAUGGUUACCAUGACAACGGGAUAGAACACUACACUUCAUACUUAAAUUGAUAAAUCAAGAUUAUUAAGAUGAAAAUCUUAUUGGAAUGGCGUAAAACAUAGGAAUGGCUGUUUUUUCAGUUAGACGUGUUAAUUGCGCGUAGGUACAGUUAAAUCGAAUGUGAAUAGGUAUAUGAUUAAUUGUAAACAUAUAAAAAAAUCAUAUUAAUAUUUUAUUAAAAGUCCAGAUAGUGUUCGAUAUGAAUAAGUUUUUUUAACAAAUUCGUUUUUAUUGAUAUCAGAUCAAAAACUUCAACUU